GCGGUCGGAGUUGCUAGAUUUAUGGAACCACAUUUUAUAAGUUGAUUUGUCUGACGCAAGUAUGCUGCGGAAGCUCGGUAGAAGAGGUUUCUUUCACUUUCAAAAUACAGAUUUGAUUCGCUCCGCCGUUAUCAGAAGCUCUGAGGGAAUCCCUCUCCACGGAAGACAAAAGACCACAGCAACAUCAACAGAAAGAGAAAAUGCCAAGCUUUUUUAUGAUAGCACAGAGUAUCCUAAAGCCAAGAAAGUGAAUGGAAGAUUUGUUCUUCCAUGGAGUGGGUCACGAUUGCCCUCAAUGCUUGUUGCUGCUCAAUGGUUUUUGGGGUCUCCUAAUAACAGCAGUGUACCAGGAGGAGGACUGAAGGAUUUUUUCCAGUUUGAUGAUAAGAAACUGGACAGGACCCUCCCAGUUCUCAAACCAGACAAAGCAAGAUUAGAAUCUCCAGCAUCUAAUAGCAUCCAGCUUACUUGGAUUGGACAUGCAACUGUUUUAGUCCAAAUGGAAGGACUUAACAUCCUCAUAGAUCCAGUAUUUAGUGAUUAUUGUGGUGCUGUUCAGGGAUUUGGAGUCAAAAGAUAUCGCCCUGCUCCUUGCACUGUUGACGAACUUCCAGAAAUUGAUGCUGUGUGUAUUAGCCAUAAUCACUAUGAUCACCUUGAUUACAACUCAGUGUGUAACCUGAACAAGAGGUUUGGCCAUAAACUCCUCUGGUAUGUGCCUAUGGGACUUCGCCCAUGGAUAAAAAAUUGUGGUUGUAAUAAUGUUUUUGAACUGGAAUGGUGGGAUGAACUGUCUCACCCAAACUUCACAAAAGAUGAAAAGGCAGUGAAGUUUGCAUUUACUCCAGCACAACACUGGUGCCGCAGAGGACUAAAUGAUACAAAUGAGGUUCUUUGGGGAAGUUGGUCAAUCAUUGGUCCACAACACAGAUUUUUCUUUGCUGGUGAUUCUGGUUACUGUCACAUAUUUAAACAAAUAGGCAAGCGAUAUGGUCCAUUUGAUCUGGCAGCUAUCCCUAUUGGAGCAUAUGAACCAAGGGGAUUGAUGUCUUUCCAGCAUGUUAACCCACAAGAAGCUGUAGAGAUUCACCAAGAUGUUAAAUCUAACUCUUCUGUUGCAAUUCAUUGGGGUACAUUUAAUUUAUCAUAUGAGCAUUAUCUGGACCCACCAAGAAAGUUAAUUGAAACAUUAGACAUGAAAGGUAUUCCUCGGGCUGAGUUUCAUACUAUUAAACAUGGUGAAACUAAAGUUGUUAAAAGGUCACAGGAGAGUGAUUAAAUAAGUAGAAAAAAUGCCAGUGUCGCAUACUUAUUCCUUUUCAUCCAUAUAUAGUAAUAUUAUUAGUCCUUCAACAGUAUUUUAUCUACAGUGUCUAUUUGAUAGUUCAAAUUUUUCAAACCAGUUGAGGCGUUUUUUUCAAGAUUAUGGAAAAAAGGGAAAUAGUAUCAAAUAUUUCUUAUGUGGAAACUUUUGAAUUAAAACAACAACUCAUAUGCUAUUUAGUGAAUAUUAUAGAAUUGUUAAUAGUUUUGUUAGAUAAUAUAUGUAGAUGUAUAGUAUAUACAGUAAAGUAUUAGUUUUAUUUUAUAUACUCUUCAUAAACAGAUGAAGAACUGGGGUUGAAAUUGGUGUUUUCAUAACAAGCUUUCUCUGGUUAAAGAAUUAUUUUUUUAAAGUACAUACAUGUAUAUCUUACAGCUUUCAUUUGACAGCUUUUAAACACUAA